AUGGCUACAAAGAAGGUGUUCCAGACGGCCGAUCAGCUGUGGGAGGCAUUCGAUAGAGUCAAUCAGAAUGAGCUGGGACUAGGUAAGUUGAAUGCCGGUGGCACUGUUGCCCUUCAUCCCACGGGUCACUGGUAUGACGACGAUGCAAUGAUUCGUACAAAGAAUUGGUUGGAACAAGGCCUGCGCAAGGAGGGUGUUCGCGAGUACUGGGCGCUUGAACGUCUGAUUGCCGCUUCUAUGGAGUACUCGGACAGCGACUAUGAACACUUGAUGACAGUCUUCUUCGUUGAAUGGGAGAGAGAUCUCAAGCCUGACGGCCGCACCAUCAAGAACAAAGACCAGUGGACUCGCUGGUGUGAGAUCCAUCUUGUGCGCCAUCACAGAUACGCUAAGGCAGUGCGUUGUCUCGACCUCUUGGAGGCAUUGGGUCUUCUCUACCCAGGCUGGUGGAAGCAAGUCUACGCUCACAACCACAACACCCCUGUCCCUAACGACACCUACGCUUCGCCUUGGGACAACCAGCCAUCUGCCAAUGUUGACGAGUUGAACGAACUCAACGAGAAGUACGCCAGAAUGCCUUUCAUCUCGCGCGAUCAGGCUGAGGCCGCAUCGCAAGCUGCCGAGACAGCCAUUCAGUCUGCCCCCGUCUCGCGCCACGACACUCGCAAGAAGAAGCGCACCAAGACCAGUCACUUCCAGGAGGACCUAGAGCAACUCAACGACGCUUACGAAGAGACUGCUCCCGCCAAAGAAACCGACAACGAGUCUGAAGAGUCUUUCGUUCCAGAGCAGUACUACCCUGACUACGUUCACGAAUACGACGCCGUCAUGGGUAAGCCUUCCACCACAAACCCUCAGUUGCCUCACACUGUUGGUUUUGCACCUGCCGCCAACGCCUGGCGCAACCUCGACCGCGAUGGUUUCGAAGGUGCCACCCGCUUCAACCCCGAAAUCAACGCAACCAAGAUCGUCGACUCUGCAAGCAAGGACGCAGUCCCUCGUCCCAGCGGCAACACACUCCCUGCUCCUCGCACCGCUGCUGCAGCACCUCCUCAACCCACUCAAACCCUCAACCCUGACCAGCUCAACUGGCUAGACGUCGACGAACGCGACUUCGCACGCGCAGUCCAGCAGGUCGAAACCGAUUACUUCCCUCCUCCUGCCCAGUUUACUCAGGACGGUCGCCCCGACUACCUGCGCGAAGCCCGUGAAGAUCUCGCCCGCAACCCUGAGUACUACCACCCUGAACGCGUUGCUCAGCGCCAUGCCAUCUACUAUGCUGUCGCCGGCUACAAGAAGGUCUCUGAAGCCCAGCUCGCCCGCCGUCAAGCCGAAUACCAGGCUGAGUUGGAGCGCGAACAGGCCGAGCAGGCUCGUCGCCAGGCUGAGGGCAGUGGCCAGCCUACCACUGCUGCUCCUCAGGGUGAGGACGACGAGGUCAUUUGGGGUUAUGUCGAUGAAAUGGUCCCCCCUGUUGAGAACUGGCCUCCUGUCUACGACAACAGUGUUCCCACCUGGCCCAUCAAGAAGUGA